GCUGAAGUGCUUCUACCUGUCGGCAAAGAAACGAUACUAAGUUUUGCCUUAGUCAGGUUUUAUGCAAAUAUAAUGCGGGAGGUACGGAUAAACUGGUUGGAAGUUGAGCGUUGAGCGCCGUAGAUUAAGCAGGAUGAAUAUUGAAAUUUUCGCUGCCCAAGAUUCAAAACGAAUCGGAACCCUCGAUAAUGUGAGUCCAUCAAGCAACAUAAGAAACAUCAAGAAACAGAUUGAGGAGUUGAGGCCAAAGUUAUACCCUGAUAGGCAGUCAGUCAGACUUGAACCAAAGGGAAAGACAUUGAAGGAUGAAGAGACUGUGAGCUCAUUGGGAUUAGGGAAUGGAUCUAAACUGUACGUAAAAGAUCUUGGGCCUCAAAUAGGGUGGAAAACGGUUUUCUUAGCAGAGUAUGCUGGUCCACUUGCAGUUUAUUUGUGGAUUUAUCAGAGACCAUGGCUGUUCUAUGGUUCAGAUGCUGCAGCACUACAACCACAUCCUGUAGUUCAUAUUGCAGCAGCAUGCUGGUCUCUACAUUAUGUCAAAAGGCUGCUGGAAACCAUAUUUGUACAUCGGUUCUCUCAUUCUACUAUGCCCCUACGUAACUUGUUCAAGAACUGCACAUAUUAUUGGGGUUUUGCUGCAUAUGUUGCAUAUCAUAUCAAUCAUCCAUUGUAUACUGCUCCAAGCAAUAUCCAGAUUUAUUCAUCAUUAGCUGUUUUCUUGGUUUGUGAACUUGGUAAUCUGAGCAUUCAUGUGGCUUUACGGAACCUCCGGCCACCAGGCACAACAAUCAGAAAAAUUCCAGUUGCCACAGGCAAUCCUUUCACGACACUGUUCAAUUUAGUGUCUUGCCCAAAUUAUACAUAUGAAUUUGGAAGUUGGUUUGCAUUUUCUGUUAUGACCAGUUGUUUACCAGCUGGAAUUUUUGCUCUUGCUGGUCUGUACCAGAUGUCUGUCUGGGCUAUUGGAAAGCACAGAGCUUACAAAAAAGACUUCAGCAACUAUCCUCGAAAUCGUAAAGCAAUCUUGCCUUUCCUCAUUUGAGGAAAAAAGUAUCAAUGACUGGGAUUAACCAUCAGAAGAAAUGUGUUCUAUCAUUCCACAUUAGUGGAUAGUUGUUUUGGUUUUGGUUAUGUGUGUGUUUUUUUAACAUGACUUGUAACAAUAUCAGUACAAAUAAAUAUAUUGUUGGUUGUAGUUCAAUGUC